CAGCAAAAAGACGAAAAAGACCCUUUCGAAUUUAACAAUGCCCACGCUGACGUAGCCCUGGAUAUACAGCCUAGUUUCACGUUGCCUGCAUCUGAUUUCCCAAAAUACGGUGCACCUAACAUAUUGGUGGCAAUGGCGUUGAUGUCAAGGCUCGGCAUAAAGAGACUCUCCUCCCGAAUCCACUCCAAAUCCCUGAUCUCGCGCUCCUCCGCAACCGCAACCGACACCGCCACCGCCACCUCGAAGAAAGUGUCGGACCGCAUCGUGAAGCUGUUCGCGGUGGACCCUGAGGGCAAGAAGCGGGAGGUGGUGGGACUAUCGGGGCAGACCCUCCUCAAAGCGCUGACAAAUGUCGGCUUGAUUGAGCCGGCCUCCCAUCGACUGGAGGAGAUCGACGCCUGCUCGGCGGAGUGCGAAGUCAGCAUCGCCCAGGAAUGGCUCGAAAAGCUUCCUCCUCGCUCCUAUGACGAGGAGUACGUGCUGAAGCGCAACUCGCGUGCUCGCGUUCUCAACAGGCACUCUCGCCUCGGCUGCCAGGUUGUCCUCACCCCCGACCUCCAAGGAAUGGUCGUCGCCGUCCCCGAGCCCAAACCCUGGGACAUCCCCUAAUUCCCACCCCUUUCACCGUAUUGUUAUAAACUUACAUUGCUGCUACUUCUUCUUGGCUUUCGAUUCAAUAAAUCUGCACCGAUCUUUGGUGGUGAGAGACUAGUAUUGUUUUGUUUCCAUAUGGGCUCUUUGUUUUUGCUGUAAGGAAAAAUCUGCCCGUUCAAGAAUUAUUAUAGUAGGUAUGUUGAAGUUCUUAUUUCUUCUUCUCUUGUAAUGCCUUUAUACUGUCUUUUCGCUUCUACUGGUCAUGUGUUUGGGAAUGCGGAUUAAUCAUGUGGUUGCUGGGAAUCGUGAUUGUUGAAUAGAGUGGAAUUUUGUGUAA